AUGGAAACAGAUCGACGCAAGAUUGAGGCGGAGAAGGGCUAUUCCCUCAUCACACUCUCCGAGUUUGAAGGUCUCGAGUAUGUCCGCUUCACACAUUGGGUUCACGACCAGCGCCGCAUCUACAAGCAUCCCGCGCUAAAAGUGGUGAUCCAUCACGGUGGAGGUAACUCCUUCAACGAGGCAGUCCACUACGGACUUGCGCAGAUGGUUCUCUCGCAGUGGUCGGACACGCACGAGUAUGCCAUCCUUGCCGAACGCUUUGGUCUUGGACUUCGCAGCAAGCACGCUCCGUACAUUGACGAGAAGGACAUGGUGAAAAAGAUGUUGCGUCUGCUGCAAGGCGAAGAAGCCGAGAAGAUCCGACACAACGCCAAAGUGUGGUCGAUGCGAAGCCGCAUUGCGGGCGGUGCUCCUGCUGCUGCAAGGCUCAUUGAAGCGCAGGCUCUACUCUUCAGCCAGCAAAAGCAGGCCAAGCUCGCUGCAUCUGCGGCGAGGCUAGGAAGCGACGCAGAACUCGAGAGCAAAGCUGCGUUUACGCCAGAAGCUGGGUCCAGUGCUGCUUCGACCGUUGCAUAG